UUGUGUUUCCGACUGGAAGACUGUGAUAUUCAGUUCUGGGAUUCCGAUCGGAUACAUUAAAAUACACAUGUUCGUGCAGCUGGUUCGUUGCCACGGUUGGAGAAAUACAUUCUGAUGCUGCAUCGCAAGCGUAUCGUUUGAUAUGAAGUCAGAUCAGUAGAGAAAGGAAUAGGAAAUUGAUCAGAGUGAAUGCAUGAUAUUCAAGUAACGAGGAGGACAGGUUUUUUUAGUUGUUUGUUAGCCAUUUCUUAUUAAUUGACCAAAGCAAGUCCAACCAAGGAUAGCCGAUUAGCUGUUUGCGCUUCCGCCAUCAGGAUGGUGGACGGGCAGAUUUACUUGGAUGGCUGGUGUGGCAACGCGUCAUCUGGAAGAAGCUGGGCGUUUUGGGAUGACCAGAUUACGCUCAACACUACCGUGCCGCACUUCACCGAAUGCUUCAUGUUGACAGUGGUGAUGGGCUUGCCAUGCGCCUGCAUCAUCAUACCAGCUCCAUUCUACAUCUUCUAUCUCAGCACGCUGGCAACAGUCAGGACCUUCAGACAAAUCAGCAACCUGAAUAUAGCGAAAGUGGUAAUCAACAUUUUGGUGUGUAUAUUGGUGCUGGCGGAGCUGGUCAGACAAACCGUUUUUCCAGUCGAUGGUUACCUGAUGCCCGUCAUCUACGUCAUGUAUUCAAUUUAUUCUUUAACACAGAUUCUUACGACCAUCAUCAUGCAUGUCGAGUACAGGAAAGGCUUUCAUACUUCAGGCCUGAUGUUUUUAUUCUGGUUGAUCCUGUCCUUAGCUGGCUUGAUACCCUUUGUCGCCAGGAUCACUGCCGCUGUAGAGGACGAGACGUACAUCAAUCGCAUUGGAGUGUGGAAAUUUGCGUCAUUUUACAUAAGUUAUAUUCUGAUAUUUGUUGAACUGGCGCUGCAGUUUAAGGCGGAUAUGGCGGCUCAAGACUGGGACAAAUACAUUUGUUUGGAAUCUUAUGAUAAAAAGAAAUCGAAAUGCUGUCCGGAGCUAAAAGCAUCAUUUGCUUCAAGAGUGAUGUUUGCGUGGAUGUUUCGUCUCAUGGUUCAAGGCUACAGAAAGACACUAGUAUUCAAUGACCUUUGGCUGAUGAGACCUGUUGACUCGAGUAAAUACAUCUUUGACAAGUUCGUAAAAGCUUAUAGAAGUCAGAGGUCCAAGCAGAGGAGAAAGGAAAGAAGUUUCUUUGACAUUAUCAGUAGCAACACCGUUGAGUUCACUGCAAGUGUUAGUAAUGCCGAUCAACCAGAAGUGAUCAUUAGUGAUAAUGGAGGAGAAAGAAGAAUAUCCAUGAUGAGCAUUUAUACCAAGGUUUUCGGAUGGACAUUCUUUCACUCGGGCAUCUUCAAGCUUCUCUCAGACGCCAUUACUUUUGGUCAGCCGCUUCUCCUUAAUCUUAUGAUACAAUUCAUUGAAAGUAAUGAUAGCUAUCUGUGGAAAGGUUACCUAUUGGGUGUCUGCUUGUUUGGCGUGUCAUGGCUGAGGGCCAUCUUUGCUGGACACCAUAUGAAUAUCAACCAGAUACUUGGAAUGAGACUGAGGACCAUGAUCACGGCAGCAGUCUAUCGGAAGUCGUUGCUGAUAAACAGCGAAGCUAGGAAAGGAUAUACCUCGGGUGAGAUUGCCAAUCUGAUGUCUGUGGAUGCGCAGAAGAUGCAAGAUGUUCCCAUGAUGUUGCACUUCACGUGGGCAGCACCUUUGACGAUAGCUGCCGCGCUGGUCUAUCUUUGGACUAUCCUGGGCGUCGCCACUCUAGCCGGAAUCGGUGUUCUUGUCAUAAUAUUCCCCGUCAAUGUUAUUUUUGCAAAAUUGUCAAGGACCUUAUUGUUUGGCACCAUGAGAUACAAGGAUGCCCGCCUGAAGACGAUGACUGAGAUCCUGUCCGGAAUGAAGGUGCUCAAGUUAUAUGCCUGGGAACCUGCCUUUGAGGAGAAUAUAACAGAGAUCAGGAAGGAUGAAAUGAAAACACUGAAGUCAGCAGCUAUCAUUGAUGCUAUUGCCUACGCCACCUGGUUUUUGGUUCCAUCUUUGAUGGCCCUCUGCUCGUUUGCAGUUUACGUAGAGAUUACUCCCAGUCAUUCCCUCUCCCCGACGAUUGCCUUCGUAUCUUUGAACCUGUUCAACAUCAUGCAAGCCCCUAUCCUCGUGCUCUCCAAUAUGAUCCGACAGGUCCUCCAGGGCUAUGUUUCCACAAAGAGAAUCGGUAAUUUUCUCAGUGUUGCUGAGUUGGAUCCAAAUGAAGUAAAAAAGGACGGCAACAUGGAUGAGGCCAUCAAGAUCACGGGAGCCGACUUCAGCUGGGGCAAGAAUGAGGAGCCAUCACUUACCAAUAUCAAUCUUAAUGUAAAAAGUGGGAGUCUUGUCGGUGUUGUUGGCCCUGUUGGAGCUGGCAAAUCCUCGUUGAUAAAUGGCAUAUUGGGAGAGAUGGACAUUAUUCAGGGCAGUGCAAAGAUUAAUGGUUCCGUUGCAUAUGUUCCGCAACAAGCCUGGAUACAGAAUGCUACUCUCCAGGACAACAUACUGUUUGGCAGUAAGAUGCACCGAAAGAAAUAUGAUCGGUGUGUUGAGGCAUGUGCCCUCGAGGCUGAUUUCAAGAUCCUACCUGGUGGUGAUUUCACCGAGGUGGGAGACAAGGGUAUAAAUGUCAGCGGCGGUCAGAAGCAGAGGAUUAGCCUGGCGCGGGCUGUGUACCAAAACAAUGACAUCUACCUCCUGGACGACCCUCUUAGUGCUGUUGACUCGCACGUUGGAAAACAUAUCUUCACCAACGUAAUCGGGAAUAAUGGAUUACUCAAAGAGAAGACGCGGGUGUUCGUGACGCAUGGUCUUCUCUACCUGCCUCACACAGACUAUGUUGUUAUGCUUGGCCAAGACGGCAAUGUCCUCGAAGACGGUACAUUUCAAGAGCUGCUUGUAAAGAAUGGAGCUUUCGCCGAUCUUGUGAAGAAUUACAUACAAGAUGAUGAUGAAUUCGAUGACGAUCCUCAUUACGAAGAGUUCAAGGCAGAUAUCGUGAGCAGGAUAUCAGCCUUCUCUGAUAUCAAAGAGGAGCCCAAGCAGAAAAACCUCAGGGUCAGACGAAUUUCACGUCAAAUGUCUCGCCAGUUGUCGCGAGAGGCUGACAAAGAGCAUGUCGAGGAAGAUUUGGAGAAAAAGAAAAAGCUGAUAACGGAAGAAACGAUAGAAACUGGAAACAUCAAGCUGAGCGUGUAUACCGACUAUUUCCGAGCCGUUGGGAUUGUUGCGUCGUCAAUCAUCCUGAUCUUCUGGUUAGCUUACAUAGGUUUCUCAGUCGGCGUCAACACUUGGCUGAAAGAAUGGUCAGAGGAGCCAAUGAUCAAUGGUACCGUUCCUAAAUAUCGCUCUGACCUUCGCCUUGGAAUAUACGGCACUCUGAUUGCGUUACAAACUUGCGCCAUGCUCGGGAUGUCGUUUGCAGUUGCCAUCGGUACAAUCAUUGCAUCCAGGGGUCUUCACGACGGCAUGCUUGCCUGUAUCCUGCGGGCACCAAUGUCCUUCUUCGACACGACUCCUCUCGGUCGCAUCGUCAACAGAUUCUCUAAGGACACGGAUAUAGUCGACAUCAAUAUUCCCAUGCUCUUGAAGAUGCUGCUGGCCACGUUUUCUAUUGUUCUUUCGACUCUGAUCAUUAUCUGCAUCAGCACCCCCAUUUUCUUGGCAGCUCUGGUCCCGCUUGCUCUCAUCUAUUACUUUAUUCAGAGAUUCUACAUUGCCACCGCAAGGCAGCUGAAGCGUAUUGACUCUAUCAAGCGUUCCCCUGUUUACUCUCACUUUGGGGAGACAGUAACCGGUGCCCCCUCUAUCAGGGCAUAUGGCCGCAAUGAGGAAUUCAUCAUUAAAGCGGACAAGCUUAACGAUGACAACAACAUGGCUUACUUUCCUAAUAUAUCAUCGACUAGAUGGUUGUCAAUGUGGCUUGACUUUAUGGGUGCGCUAGUGGUGCUGGCCGCCUCGAUGUUUGCUGUUGCUGCAAGAGAUACCAUUGGUGCUGGAACCGUGGGGCUGUCCAUUUCCUAUGCCCUUUCUAUAACUGGUAUCCUGACCCGGACUGUUACCACCACAUGUGAUAUGGAGUCGAGUAUUGUCAGCGUUGAGAGAGUCCAGGAAUACACAGAGGUUGAGAGUGAGGCUCCUUGGGAGAUCCCAGAGAAAAAACCGAAGGACGACUGGCCUGACGCGGGUCGUGUUGUCUUCGAUGAAUACUCGACCAGGUACAGAGAAGGGCUUGAUUUGGUAGUCAGGGGUAUUGACUGUGCAAUGAAGCCAGGCGAAAAGGUUGGAAUCAUUGGUCGCACUGGAGCAGGCAAAUCAUCGCUGACGUUAGCUCUGUUCAGAUUGAUUGAACCAGCUGAAGGAAGUAUCAUCAUUGAUGGCCUUGAUGCAGCUACCUUGGGACUUCAUGACCUCAGGUCGAAAAUCACUAUCAUUCCACAGGAUCCUGUUCUCUUUGCUGGAAGUCUCCGGAUGAACCUAGAUCCAUUCGAUGCUCAUACAGACCAGGACAUCUGGUCCUGCCUCGAACUAGCCAACCUAAAAAACUUUGUGACUCUACAGCCAGAACACCUUGACUUCCUCUGUUCUGAAGGAGGAGAGAACAUGAGCGUCGGUCAGAGACAGCUUGUUUGCCUGGCAAGGGCAUUACUAAGAAGGACGAAAAUCCUCGUGUUAGAUGAAGCCACUGCUGCUGUUGACCUGGAGACUGAUGACCUAAUCCAGUAUACAAUUAGGACACACUUCAGGGAUAGCACGGUCAUCACUAUUGCCCAUCGUCUCAACACAAUCAUGGAUUAUGACAGGAUCAUGGUGUUAGAUAAAGGCGAGAUCAAGGAGUUUGAUAGUCCCAAUGAUCUACUUCGUGAUGAUACGUCCAUAUUCUACGACAUGGCCAAAGAUGCGGGACUGGUAUAAUGACGGGAGCGGCACAAUCAAAGAAAUAAAACUUUUACAUUUUUUCUACCGCGUUCCUUAAUUUCCAGAUUCCCAUGACAAAUUACUGUUACGCGUUGUAUGUUGUUCCGGAGUCUUUUAAAAGUCUUUGAGUCUUGCAUUUGUGAUUUUGCUAAAUUAAUGAACAUGCCGUAGCUAUGGUCUAUGGUUGAUAGAUGAGGAUAAGCCAGAUAUAGGCACGAUACAUGGUCAUAGGGUAUAGAGGUAUAGUGCUUCAUGUACAGAGGAAUGGGGUGAUAAUGAGAAGGUUCCGGUAGGUGUUACCAUAUAUAAAACUACUGAACCAAAAGGACAUGCGAUAUAGCUGACCGUAGUCGGUGUGGAAGUCAAUGACACGUUUUGAUAAAAUUGCUACGUCUUUACAUUGAUAGAGUCUAGUUUCCCGGUUACCUUUCAUGUCGGUCAUGUCAGAGGCCUAACGUGCACUGAUGUCGUCCAUCGGCUGAUUGAGAAGCGUGCGGAACUUAUCAGCAGAAGCCUUGUUUGGUUAUCCAAGCUGUGAUAUGAUGAAUUCUGUGAGUAAGAGAGUAUUAAGUAGAAACAAAUAUAUAUUAUUAAUAAUUUAUACUUUUAUGCUCCAGUUACCCCCUAAUGAGUAAGACAUUUCGUGAUAUAGAUUAUUAUUAUAGGACUGGAAAUGCUAUAAAUACAUUUACAUUUGUUGACAAAAUAAGGAGAGACCGGGUCAGCAAAACUCUACGGCCAAACCCGAGAAAGGUCAUACGAGAAUAAUUGCGACGCAUGGCCAAUAUUUCAUCGGAGAUUUCCUUGCUAUUUGAUGGGUCAUUUGAACUUGAUAUGAUACAUGUAUAAUGAAACAGACAAUUAUUUAAGACGGUUGAGAGGGUACCGCCACAGAACCGAAAUAAAUUGAGUCCAAAAGCUGAAAUUGUUGAGGCCGUUCCAUUUUAUCCCUGUCAUACAAUGAACUUCCGUGAAUAAUAACACAUAUUCUUAAAAUAUUGCGUACUUACCUACAUGUAUGUAAUAUAGUAUGGAAUAAAGAUUGUGUCCUUUUCACUGUAACACCGUUCCUGUAUAUGUAUGUUAGUAAUCAAGUUAUGCGUAUAUUAGUAAAUCAUAUAUGUUUGUUUAUUUCGUACAAAAUUGUUAAACGUACUAUCCAGGGUGUACAACACUCUUAUCGGAUCCGAGACCUCAUGCUUGUAAGGGUGUACACAGUUUUAGCAUCCGACAAAUUGUAUUGUUCAGAAUGUACAUACAUAACUCUUGUCGCAUCCGAUGCCUUGUAAUUUGUAUAAUGGUAAUUUCCUCUCGGCCGCUGGUUGAAAUGAAUUGAAUGCAUCUUCUAUGGUAACGUUAAAUAUAAUUAUUUACAAAAUUCUUACACUGUUUGCUAUCACCAAGUGAUAUAACAUAUAUAUAUAUAUCAUAGAAAUGCUGAAAUUAACCUUGUGUUAUUGGGCCGAAUUUAGAGCUAAAGAAAUGAGAACGCAUAUUACAGAGUAUGAUACUAUCCAGAAAAAUAUAAACAAAUCGUACAAAAUCGCUGAUGAUACCAACCUACUGAACCCCAAGGCCCAGUUGCCCAAUCGUCGUUAAAGACAAAUGCCAGCGUUACUUCAACUAUAAGUAUCUUCUUUAGUAAAUUUUAUUUGACAGUAGCGUUAGGACCUAACGCUAGUAAAGCUAUAUUGCGAGCACUGAUUGAGCAGUAUAGGGCGAAGCCCUUACGCAUCAUCAGUUCACCUGCAUUCCGUGCAGGAGGUUUAGCGAUGUCAAAACAUUGGUGCAAGACACGAUUGGAAAAUAGUUUCGCACCUUUUAUUGUGUGCCAUAUUUUAUUGUAUUGUAAUUUGAUACAUUUCACAUACACAAUACAUGUUGGCAGUAUGUGUACGUUGUAAUUUGAUGUCAUUAGGUUCAUGAUCAGUCAGCAUUUUUGUAGGGCUAGGUGACCACAUUCCACGUAUGGUUAUCAGCAAAAUCCAAGGUCGGUAGAUUUUUAAAGCAACAAACAAUUAUGAACGAUGAAGAUGAAAUUAAAGAAAAUGUUACUAAAAUAGUAAGUUUUGUCGUCAUUUUCAGGAAAAUGUGUCGUUGUAUCUUAAGUGGAAAACAAAACUUGAUAUUCAAGACAGGAGAUUGUCAAGAUUGUAUAUCGAGUUAUUCAGAAAAAACUGCCCGUCUUUUAAAGUUGUAUACCUGCGAGAUACAUGUAAUAGACGCACAGAAAAUGUCUAAAAUUUUUGCACAUCCACCAUCGACAGAUAUUAAUAUCCCGUGUAAAUUUCAGCAGGGUGGCUGUAUGUUUUACAAGGCCAUGAAUCUCGCACAUUAAGACGUUUAGUAUAAAAAUUCAGGUUUUUAUCAAAAAAUUCGCCAAGAGCAGGCAUGCAAUAUUUGAUUCAAUAACUUGAUCACCACAAAGUAUUUACUUUGACCCAUUUUUUAUGACAAUUGUUAAAUGAGACGUCAUUAGUGACAUAAAUGUACUGGGCGUUUGUGACCCGAUAUCAAUGCCAACAUCUUGCUGUCGCUCCAAUGUCGUCACCACCCCCACAUGUAGUACUCAAAAGGGGUCACAGUCAAUUAUGUGAAAGUAUAUUUUAGUGUGUGGCCAUCAUUCCGGGCUGUACAGACUACCAUUACACUCAUCAUAAAUUCAAAAAGUACUAAUAGAUAUAGAAAAUAUUGGCCAAGUUGCAAGUUAAUGAAUUUACGCGUUACUCGUCUGUAAAAUUGAACUGUCACAUCGACCACAUCAAAUUAUGUACAUGUAUCUGAUCACGUUACCAGCCAAGUCUGGUAUAAAAAGUCAAAUAGACGUAGGCUAAUAUUCGUAA